AUGCCAUCAACCAAUUUCCCAUGGGUCAAGAAACCCCUCCUAGCCAACGCCCCAAUGGCCAUGUCCGCCGGCCCCGCCCUCGCCGUGGCCGUCUCUCAAGCAGGCGGCCUAGGAUUUAUCGGCCCAGCAAUGGAUGCCAGUGGCACAGAGCAGAACUUGAGCACCGCCGCCAAGGCAAUCCGGGAAUCUGAAUCUCUGUCCAGCCUGCUACCCUCUGGUCACCCGACUCUGCCUGUCGGAGUAGGCUUUCUCCUCUGGAAAGAUGAGUUGCAGACAGCUUUGUCCGCUGUAGCGUCGCACAAGCCAUGUGCAGCAUGGCUAUAUGCACCCCGCAACGGCCAACAGGAACUCGAUGAAUGGAUGCAGGGGAUCCGCGGGGCUUCGCCGGAGACACAGGUCUGGAUUCAAAUCGGGACCGUGGCAGAGGCACGGUCCAUAGUCGAAAGUGCACAUCGGCCCGAUGUCGUCGUCGUGCAAGGUGCUGAGGCGGGUGGUCACGGCCGGGCAAAGGAUGGAAUGGGGCUUAUUACUCUGCUGCCUGAAGUCGCAGAUGUGUUUAUGGGCCAUGGUAUUCCGCUCAUUGCUGCCGGUGGCAUUGCAGAUGGACGGGGCGCUGCUGCUGCUAUCUGUCUGGGUACGAAUGGGGUAGUUAUGGGGACACGGUUUCUGGCGUCGACUGAGGCGCGCAUAAGUAAAGGGUAUCGGGAUGCUGUCGUCCAGGCUACGGAGGGUGCUGUUAAUACUACGCGCACGUUACUGUAUAACCACCUCCGCGGGACGUAUGGAUGGCCUGAGCCGUUUAGUCCGCGGACGGUGACGAACCGCAGCUGGGAGGACCAUGUUGCCGGCGUUUCGUUUGAUGAGUUGAAGAGAUUACACGACGAGGCUCAAGCUAAAGGCGAUGCAGGAUGGGGACCUGAGGGGAGGUUGGCUACGUAUGCAGGAGCGGGUGUUGGGUUGGUUGGUGAGGUUCUGGAUGCCGGUGAGAUAGUGGAAAGAGUUCGGGACGAUGCGGCACAGCGCGUGAGAAGGGCGCAGGAUGUGGUUUGA